CCUUUCGGGUCGGCUUUCAUGUUAGAAUUGUUGGUAAGAUUGCGAGUAAAUUUACAUUUACUUUUAUUAUAUAAUUAACUUUUAAAUAUUUUUUAUCACGAACUAAAAGUAGUCAUAAAUUAAUGUCAUUUUGAGACAUGGGUCUUCUUAAUGAUUCAAAAAUCAGAAAGAAAAUGUGUACCAUACUUAUUCAGCAUUCAAACAAACUGAUAAUCCUUAGUUUUGUCUGUGGUAUUGUCUGGUUUGCAGUCUUGGCAUCUGAUGUUUUCAAUAACAAAACUUAUUUUUCUGAAAAUGCUCUGCUACCAGGUCUUGUUGUUCGAGAAUUUAAUCCACGUGCAGCACUUUCUCGUUUACUAGAUGCUAUGAAUAAGGAAGUAUCUGCUCUUUCUUUAAAAGCAUUACCUUCAGCAAUGAUUCUGGAACAGUUUCGACAACUUGGACUCGAUGUGUAUGAAAAUAACUUCACAGUUAAUUAUCCUCUAGAUGCGUUGUCAUAUUUUAAAGGCAGUAAUUUGUAUGCCGUUUUGAGAGCUCCAAAAGUGGCCAGCACUGAAGCUAUAGUUAUCUCAACCCCGUACAGAGGUUAUAAGAGUAAGGAUGGAAGCACGAUACCUUCCAUUGCAUUGAUGAUCGAACUUGCCCGAGUAUUCCGAAGACAUGCAUAUUGGAGUAAAGACAUUAUAUUUCUUGUGACACAGCAUGGAAAUAUUGGUUUCCAAGCUUGGUUGGAUGCUUAUUUUGGUGUUUUGACAUCAGAUUAUAUUAUGAGUGAGAAACUUCACAGUACUAGUGGACUGAUACAAGGAGUUAUAAAUCUUGAAAUUACUGAUUAUUAUUUUUCACAUGUUGAUAUUAAAAUUGAAGGUUUGCAUGGUCAGUUACCUAAUUUGGAUCUCUUUAAUUUAGUUGUUGAAUUAUGCAAUCGCGAAGAAAUACCUGUCUCAUUUCAGUCUCGGUUCAAUAAGUAUCCUUUAAAAACUCAAACAUGGGAAAGCUGGUGGCAUAAUUUAAACACAAUGGGUCACAUGGUUUUGUUUCAAGCCACAGGACUUCCAUCUGGUGGCCAUGGGUUGUUUCAUCGUUUUGGUAUACAAGCUUUAACUAUAAAAUCUGUAACUGAUAAAAGAUCAGGCCGUGAAUCUGUUUCUUUGAUACAAAUGGGAAGAGUGCUGGAAGGUUCUAUAAGAAGUUUAAAUAAUUUGCUUGAAAAGUUCCAUCAAUCUUUUUUCUUUUAUUUGUUACCAAGCACUCGAAGUUAUGUAUCUAUUGGAUUGUAUAUGCCACCUUUUGCAUUAAUUGCAUUACCCGUUAUAAUAAAAGCUCUAUAUUUGUACUUAAAAAUUCAAACUUCAAACUCUAAUAAUUGCAUAUAUUCAACUGAAAGCAGUAUUAAUUAUUUCAUAACUUUUGAGGCAUUUGGUUUAAAUUUACUUUUUGGCAUGAUGAUGCUUUUUUUUCCUAUGUGUCUGAAUUAUAUACAAAUGUCAUCUUCAUUUUCCAAUGCAGAUUUGUUAUAUUUGGUUCAGUUAAAAAUAAUGUUUUCAUGGUAUUUAGUAACUUAUUUUUUUUAUGCUGAUUAUGAGGUAAUGAAGAGAGAAUUUUAUUUUAAGAUGUGCUCAGUCUUGUUGAUGUUAGGUGGUUUCCUGUUUACACUAGCAUUAGUAAAUUUUUCACUAGCAUUAAUAUUAAGUUUAUUAUUUGUUCCUAUCAGUGUAACUCUACAUUAUAGUGGGAAAUUAUCAUUCUUGCAGUAUUUUUAUUUCAUUCUGAUCAGUCCAUUGGGGUUUACAUACUUGAUUGCCUUUGUUGAGUCAUAUAUUAAUGCUGAGUCAUAUAAUACUGAGUCAUAUAGUAUUGACUUUAUCUUGACACUUGUAAUAGAUACUAUGAUAAGACAGAAGAUAUUAUUAAUACAAACUGUAGAGGAUAUGUACCUCUUUGGCAACUGGAAUUUCAAAAUUUUAUCUUUAAUUCUGUCACCAUUAUGGCACCAUUUACUGUCAAUAAAAUUAUUAAAAGUAAAGUAACCUAUAUAUUCUUUCUAUAUAUAGGUCUAAGUAAAGUUACACAUAUACCUAUAUAUUCAUUCUAUGUACCUACGUAUUGAAGUCAUUUUUCUUAUAAUAUGCAUUCCUAUAUACAUUACGAUGUGAAUUACUAAAUAUUAUCCCUAAAAGAAGUUCAUAUAUACUUCAGAGAAUAAAUGAAAUUUACAAAGUUAAAAAUGUGUUUGGUUUUUAGUUAAAAUAUUUUGUACUGCAUUUGAAGUAUGUAUAAAUAAUAAUGAUCAAUAUCACUUUUCUGCUAUUCAUCAUUUGUCAAAAUUUGUUAAACAUAGCAACUUUAUGUACAAAAAUUGUUAAAAAAAACCUUGCACUUUUUAUGGUUUUAUGAUAAUGUUUCACUCUUCUUGACUUUAGUGGCUACUACACUUUCAAAAAAAAAUCUUAUUUUUUAAAUAAUACUAGAGCAUUGCAUUUUGUUACAAUUAAAAUUUGUAUUUAGGGUGCCUUUCCACCUGAAAAUAUAGAUGUUUGAGAAUAAUUGUUUUACAGUAUUAUUGGGCAUCCUUUUAUAAUUGUUUUACAGUCUUGAUUGGCAUCCUUUAUGAAAUUAAAAAUACUCUAAACUAGAUUUCAACCAAAACUGCUGGCUUCCUUGUUAUUUGUUUGCAAAGCUGUCUAAAAAUAGCAGUGUACAGUUAUUUAAAAUGAUCUCAUUUUCUUUUUCAUUCACUUUUUGUCAUUCUGUUCUUGUAAAUUCAAAUUUUAAUUUUUCAGUAUUUUAACAAUGUAUGUAUUUCAAUGUAUUAAGUAUUUUUUUUAUUUAUUUAAUAUUAUAUUAUUAAAAAAUUGAUACACAUCAUCAAUUAUUUAAAAAUAAUUAACACACUGCAUUUUCUUUGAUAAUGGAACUGUAUUAUAAUCAGAUAUACAAUCUUAGAUAAUUUUAUUUUAAAAUUGUUUUUA